UGUACUGUAGAGUGAGAGAGGAGGACAGGAUAAUGCAGGUGCUAAGGAUAUUAACGCUGUCGGCGUUGGUCGCAGUGUGUUGGUGUGAAGACGUCUCCACCGCCGCCCCCACUGCCAACUCCAGCGUCCCCGUCCCCGACCCUGCCAAGACGACGUCCACUGACGACGCCACCACCAACAGGACGCGGCGCUCUGACGUCAUCGGCCUCUUCAACUCCAAGCUGCACAAGAAGUUCUCGUUGUUGGGCUCCUUGAGUUCGCUCAGUUCCUCCCAUCCUCAUAUACCCGCAACUGCCCCAGACUGUCACAGCCAUACUCUAACUUAUGACCACAAAGCCUUCAGUUUGUGGAGUUUUAAGAAGGCAAUAUUCUCGACGCUGCUUCAGGCCAUCAAGGCCAUCACCGGAGGAGUGAUCGCCCUGAAGGGUCAGAUAAUCAAGGUGAAAGGUCACCUGAUAGCGGCCAAGGGCCACUUGCUGCAGACCAAGGGGGAGGCCAUCUCAGACUUCGGUCGCCACAUUGCCACCAAGGCGCUGCUCUCGCCAGUGCACGUUCCUCCGUCUGCCACUGGGCUCAGCGCUACUGGCAUAGGCAGUACUGGGUACGCCGCUCACAAACCCAUCUACGGGCCUCCUUCAGCUUCAGGUCCUGGGACAGGCUACGGAGCGCCACCUAAACCUGUGUACGGACCUCCUCCUUUCGCCAAACUACCUCCCUCGUCGUACGGUCCUCCGCCGGCGCCCUCCAGUAGCUACGGCGCUCCUUCUGCUCCGUCGGCGCCAGCACCGUCUCCUCCUACUAGUAAUUACGGCGCGCCACCUCCCCCUGUGCCGUCUACUUCCUACGGUGUUCCUGUAGCCUCCGCCCCAGCACCUUCAGGAGGCGGAGACUACAGCGGCCCCCCGCCACCCUCUAGCUCAGGGUCCUCGAGUAUCUUCCUCCCCCCAUCUUUUCCGUCCUCACCAGGCUUCAGCGCUCCCUCAACGGGGUAUGGCUCUCCUUACAAGAGAGACAUUAAAUUACCUGAAGGUGUUCAGGCCGGUCUGCUGGUCCUCAAGCCAAUCAAUUUGCCCGCCAGCUCCACCAUUGUCCAGGCACUAGACCCCAGACACAGAGUACGCAAACAGGCUCUGCCACCUACCAUCUAGUCAUCAGCCAGCACAUCAAUUAGUUAUCCAGAGACCUGUGAUUACAAUAAGAGUCAGCCCUCGUCGACUGAUGGCUGUUCACUGUACAGUGUAUACAUCACAAUACAUCACAACAAUGGCCUGACAGUUUACUCGGCUAUGUAAGCUUUACCAACAACAACGACCAAGCAAUCACAGUGCUUACAACAACAAUGUGCGUUACUUGAUAGGGAGAGUAGUUGAUUAUUCAAAUUAUUUGGCAAACAACAUUGAGCUGAGCUGUAGUUUGUGUUGUGUGGUAGGAAAUGUUUCACGCAAUAACACCGAUUAUACACCAUUAUUGCAUUGCGUUAUUCAGUAAUUUACACCAAUUCCAGUCUACUUCUAACAUCUGGAAUAGAAUCAGAUUUUUAGAGGAUAUAAAUUUUUUUAAACUAUAUAAUAAUGCGAGUCAAUAAUUAUCUUGCCUCAUUGCUCGGUAAUGUUGACGUUUAAUGUUCAGCCAUGUUGUUAUGAAAAGGAUUUUUUUUUUGUUAGUACCAAUAUCUAUACAGGGUGAUUGAUAUAAUUGUGCCAGCCGUUUUAUUCGAAAACUAUAAGAGAUAUCAAAAAAAGUUAAACGGUAAGUGCCUUGGAUUUUUUUAUUUAAAAAAUGAUAGUCUAGUCAAAAAAAAUAUUUUAGCCGCCAUUUUUCCA